AUGGCUUUACAUUGUUUUGUGUUUUUUUGUUAUAGGCUGUGUGGCAGUGACUUGAAGAGCCCAGUGUUCACCAUCAACAGCAACAAGAUGACCAUUACAUUUAAGUCGGACUCCUCCUACGUUGAUCAGGGCUUCACUGCUGAGUACGAGGCCUUCACCCCGAACAAUCCUUGUCCAGGAAGGUUCACGUGCAGCAACAACCUGUGCAUCAAUAACACUCUGCGGUGUGACGGCUGGGGCGACUGUGGAGAUGACAGCGAUGAGAUCAACUGCAAGUGUGAUGCGUCUCAGAUACAGUGUAAAAAUGGUCACUGUAAACCAAAAUUUUGGCUGUGUGAUGGGGUGGACGACUGUGGAGACAACACGGACGAAGAAAACUGUGAAACAUGCAAAGGGCAGUUUUCCUGCAAAAAUGGCCGCUGUAUUGCAGAGAAUUUGAAGUGCAAUGGAAAAGAUGACUGCGGUGAUGCGUCUGAUGAGUCCAAAUGUGAAAAAUCUUUGGUGCUGCAGACAUGCUCAGAGUUCACCUUCCAAUGCAAAAACAAACUCUGCAUCAGUAAAAUGAACCCAGAGUGUGAUGGAGUGCAGGACUGUACCGACGACUCUGAUGAGGAUAACUGUGAGUGCGGGAUAAGGCCGUACCGCAGCUCUCGCAUCGUGGGAGGACAAGCAUCUCGGGAGGGCGAGUGGCCCUGGCAGGUCAGCCUCCACUUCAAGGGAAUGGGACAUGUGUGUGGAGCCUCUGUGCUGAGCAACCGCUGGCUGCUGACCGCCGCCCACUGCGUCCAAGACAAAUUCUCUCAGGCUAACCAAUGGGAGGCUCUUCUGGGUCUUCACGAGCAGAGUCAGACCAGCAAGUGGACCAUGAAGCGGGGCGUGAAGCGGAUCAUCGUUCACCCGGGCUACGACCCUGAGACCUACGAUAAUGAUAUCACUCUCAUGGAACUGGACAACAGCGUCACGCUCAACCAGAACAUCUGGCCCAUCUGCCUGCCCUCCCCCGCGCAUGACUUCCCAGUAGGAGAAGAGGCUUGGAUCACUGGCUGGGGAGCUACCAGGGAGGGAGGUUCCGGGGCGUCCGUACUGCAGAAGGCAGCAGUCCGGAUCAUCAACAGCACAGUGUGCAAGAGUCUCCUGACAGACCCGGUGACCGACAACAUGCUGUGUGCUGGAGUCCUCAAAGGAGGCGUGGAUGCCUGCCAGGUACAAACUCGAAUGCUUGAAAGAGACAGAUGUUUUAUUAAAACAAAUAAACUACAUUUCUGUGUUUGUCACACUUUAAUGUUUCAGAUCAAACAAAUUUGCAUAUUAGACAAGAUAACACACAAAACGCAGUCUGUAAAUAAAGGUGUUAAUUAUUAAGGGGGGGGGAAUCCAAACCUGCAUGGCCCUGUGUGAAACAGUGAAC